AUGCAAAUGAGGCUAUCAAAAUCACAUUUAGAACAAACACUCUCACCAGUGUGCCUCCUUCGCUAUAACGUAACAUCGAAUCCCAGUUUUUCAGAUGAGUUUGUGGCUGAAAAUGGUCUGCCCCGACGUCUACGAACGGCAUACACAAACACUCAGCUGCUUGAGCUUGAGAAAGAAUUUCACUUUAAUAAGUAUUUGUGUCGCCCUCGUCGCAUCGAGAUCGCUGCUAGUCUUGAUUUAACGGAACGACAGGUCAAAGUCUGGUUUCAAAAUAGACGAAUGAAGCAUAAAAGACAGACAUUAUCGAAAACUGAUGACGAAGAUUCAAGUAAAGACGACUUCAAAGGUGACGAUGACACGCAAUCUUGCAAUUCUAAUUCGAAAAAGUCUUGUCAAGGAUGCGAACUCCCAUCUGAUGAUGUUCCCGAUUCAACGUCAAACUCACGUGGUCAAAACAACAACACUCCGAGUGCUACUAACAAUAAUCAAUCAAAUCCAAAUGAGAGAUCAAAUGGUGCAUUGUCGCGUGCAACACCGAAUUCCUCAAUUGAAGUGGCAGUGGUGCCAAAUGCAAAUGUCAUUUCAAAUGCCGACUCGAGUGUGGCGUCGACGGUUAGUUUAGAAGAAGAAGAAGAAAGUCCGGUGAAGAUUAAAAAGAAGGAAGAAAGUCACAGUCGAAAGACGAAGAAGGAAUUAGCAAAAGCUGCAAACGUCUUUCCAAAUAACGAAAUUUAUCGUAAAGAAAAUGUUCAGUCACCGCAUCUGAUUGGAACAAAAGCAGGCACUGCUUAUGGUCGUAAUAAUAACAAUCAAUAUCAAAAUCAAUUGAAGAUAAAGGGACAACCAGCAACGAUUCAAGAUGGUUAUUUCCAGGGAUUCUAUCCGAAGCAUGCAAUUCCACCGCCAAACAUUCCCCAUCAGACGAAUGAAACGUUAUUUACCAAGCAUGAAAUUGAGUUUCAUCAGAAGGGUAUGAUCAAUGCGCCACAACAAUUUGCGCAGUUUCAUGGACAGAAAUAUGAAGCACAUGAUUAUGAACAUCACAACAUGAUAAAGAGUGAUAUGAAUCAUAAAAUCCCUGUUAAUAAUCUUCACGCGAGGCCGAUAGAUUUCCCACAAAAUCAAAUUUAUUACAAUGAGAAUGCUGCUCAAAAUCCACAUAAUCAAUAUUAUCCGAAUGAGUUUGACGUUGGAAGUGAUGGUGCAAAUUCUGGUGGAUAUUUUGAUCCGAAGUCUCAAGCGCAUUAUUAUGAUAUGAACUAUCAUCAUCAACAUGGCGGAAAUGAAUAUCCCGAAAUGUAUGGACCGAAUGCUGUAAUGAAUGAAAAUUGUGAAAACUUUGCGUCAUUCCAACAAUAUUAUGAACAUCAACAGCAGCAACAGCAACAGCAGCAGCAGCAGCAAGCACCACCCCAACAGCAAAAUUUGCAUCCUCAAGCACAUCCACAUUAUCAUCACUUACCGCAAAAUGUUCCUUCUGGCUAUGUUCAGCAACAGAAUUUUAACAACACAAAUCCACAGAUUCACGCAAACGCAAAUCUUACUGAAAAUAGCAACAGUUCAUCCGAUUUCAAUUUUCUGAGUAAUUUAAAUGAUUUUGCACCGGAAUAUUAUCAAUUGAGUUAG